ACUGAGACUGAUUCUUCAAACGUAGACUCUGAUUUUCUAUCGGAGUACAGAAGUGGCACAGCCUUCGGUUUUUCGCUCAAAGAAAUUUAUUCUCGACUUAAGUCACUGGAGGAGUCAGUCUCUACUAAUUUGUCUGAAUAUCAUUAUUAUUGUCGACCAAUUACUUCUAAAGUUGUCGAAAAUUCUGUAGAUCUUGUUGUUCUACAGGCUGAUAUCAACAAACUUAGUUCGCAAUACCAUACAAAGAUUAAGCCAAAUCUGAAUGAUCUGAAAGCUAGCGUUGAUGAGCUAUCAUUUGAAGGAAGUCCAUCUUCGGUUCAUUCUCAGGCAGUUCAGAAGUUAGAAGACCUUCUGAAAACCUGCAAAAGUCUUCAGCAUCUUUUAGACAUUCACAACGCUAUUCAAUCUCUUGAUGCUUGUACUACCUCUCUGCUUCGAAUUUGUAGUGCUCGCAAUCAAAUCGAGCAUCUCUGUCACAACCUAGAUCUUAAUGUAGAUCUUGACGACAGUGACAAUUCCGAUGAUAUACAGUUUGGUGUUGAUAACUACCCGUAUGCUUGGAAAAUUGACAUUCCUGUCAGUUGUGGAGCCAUCGAAUUAGAGGUUCGUGAAAUCGUCAAUGCUAUCAAAAGAGUUGAAAGCCUCCUGAAUGUCCGUACAUUUUAUGAAAAAUCACAAGUUGCCAUCUAUCAGGCGUUCAUGGGAACUUUUUUUGGAAAAAAGCGGAUUCUCCGCGAGUUUUUAGAACACUACUGGUCGAAUAUGGUGCGAAUUGUGCCAGAACCGAAAGAGAAAUCGAUACUGGGAAAAUUUGAGCUUAUUGGAAAGACCGAUGAUCUACAAAGUUUAAUUAAUCUUGCUGAUGCCCUUCACGAAAUUGAGAAACUAGUUCAAUCAACCGGUAGAAGAAUCUGGGAGGUGAUUUUCAUGCCUUGGUUGAAUUAUAUCACGUCUAAAAAAAUGGAUGACCAUCAGAACAUUAUAUUAAAUGUGGAUCAGUCUUUCUCCUCUGAAAAAGAAGAACUCUGGUGCCUCCAGCUACUUUCAGUUGAAGAUGAACAUAAAGAUGGUUUGAAUCUUAUCUACGAUUCUUGUGAAAGCUUAAAAUCUGCAUUUGAAAAGCUUUCUGCUGUUUUCUUUGGAUUGAGAUGCGAAGGUGACCGUUUGUUGAUUGACUUUUGUCGUUCCUCACCGGGCCCAUUCAAUAUGCAAUUGGCUGAAUUGCUUGUUGAAAGCUGCUUUCUUCCGAAUUUGUCAAGUUCUUUGACUUCUUUAAACGAGUCAAUUGUUGAAUGUGACGAAGAAGCGGUUUCUAAGAUCCUCCUUGUUACCAAAGGUGCAAUAUCACCUAUUAUAUCGACUGGAAAAGAUUUGGGAUAUUUUGAUUCAAAAACCGUGGAAUAUCUUGAAGAUUUUGUCGAAAAUCUUGACCGUUUCACAAUCCAGCAUCAGGAUCAAGUUUACGCUCAAGCCCUUGUUACUGUUGGUGGCUGUGAUGAUGAUCACGAGAGUUCAAAGGAAAAUAUUUCAAAAGGAAUGUCUGAAAGUCAAUUGGAAGAGGUCGUACUCUCAAAACUCUUUCAAAAUGUGAAUUUGGAGUUUCCAGAGUGCUUUAUCAGCAAAGCCGUGGUUAUGUUAUUGAAACAGGUGGAACAAAUUAUUGAAGAUGCAAAGGGCUACGAGAAAGAUCAAAUUCCUAUGAUCUUGAAACGAGUUCCUCAUUUGAUACACCUUUACUCUCAUUUUGUUCCAACCUUGCACUCAGAACGGAUGAAAUCUGAUCUCCGAUUUGUCAGUAAGUCUACCACUUGCUGA